CAUGCUUCUGAGUAGCAUUUACACUUUCCUUUUGUGCUUUAUUGUUUAUUUACUCAAGGUUUCUUCCUCAUCAUCUGAGUUCAGCUUGGAGGGAGAUUAUUUAUUGGGUGGUCUUUUUGCUUUACAUGAAGUGGAUCAUGCUACACCCCUGUCCACCCCAGGGAUGAUUGAAUGUUCCAGGCACACAUUCUCAGUAUCUGGCUAUCAGAUGCUCCAAGUGAUGAGGUUUGCUGUUGAGGAAAUUAAUAACUCCACCACCCUCCUGCCUAAUGUUUCUCUAGGCUAUGACAUUUUUGACCAUUGUUCUGCAACAAAGAAUUUCAAUGCAGUCUUCAGUUUUAUCUCACAGAAUGGAUCAAUUAAACCUAAAGAAAUGCACAACAACCAUCAGCCUAAAGUAAUUGCUUCAAUAGGACCAUAUGGAAGCACAAGCUCAAUGACGAUUGCACCAUUGUUCACAGUUGAUCUUAUACCAAUGGUGAAUUAUGGAGCUUCCAGCUAUGCAUUAAGUAAUAAACUUCAGUAUCCCUCUUUUCUAAGAGCAGUCCCCAGCAACAAAGACCUGAUACAGAUGAUUAUUCACAUCAUUAAGUGGUUUGGAUGGAACUGGGUUGCCUUUCUUGGUGGUCAAGACGAUUACAGUAAAGAUGGCCUGAGACAGUUUAACAAGUAUAUUAGCAAUUCUGGAAUUUGCUUGGCUUAUCAAGAGGCUCUCAUCCUUGAGGCAAACUACAGUCUAGCACUUAAAAAGAUUGAUAUGCUCAAAAUCAAUGUCAUUGUGGUUUUCGCUGUGCCACAAGUUGCAAAAAACAUAAUUAAAGCAGCAAUAGCGAACAACAUCCAAAACAAAGUUUGGAUUGCAGGUGAAACAUGGUCUAUGGAUCAACAGCUUCCAAGAGAGUCAGGAAUAGACAAAAUCGGUACAGUUAUUGGCAUUACAGAGAGAUUACAGACAUUGCCCGGAUUUGAUGAAUUCAUCUAUAAAGUCAAAGGAGCGUCGGAUAUUCACAAUAAUUAUAGCAUUGAAGUCCCGAGUUAUACCUGUAAUCAAGCUUGUGAGAGCUGCACACCAUUGACAGCAGAGGAGAUUAUAAAUGAAAAUCCCACAUUCUCCUUUGGCAUCUAUGCUGCCAUAUAUACCAUAGCUCAUGGAUUACAUAAAGCUCUUCAGUGCGAAAUGAGCAAAUGCCACAAAAACACAACAGUUAGGCCAUACAUGCUUCUGGAAAAAAUGAAGAAAGUGGAUUUUCCACUCAAUGGUCGUCAGGUAAAAUAUGAUGAUAAUGGUGAUCCAACUGUCAAUUACGCAGUCAUUCUCUGGCAUACUAAAAUGAAUCCUCCACAGUAUGAGAUGGUGGGCACAUAUGAUACAUAUCCUGAAAUUACCUUUACCAUCAACAGCUCUCUCUUGCCCUGGCAUAACAAUUCUGUUCCUUUAUCAAAUUGCUCUUCUGAGUGUAAGGAGGGAUUUUCAAAGGUACCCGAAGGAUUCCAUGAUUGCUGUUUUCGGUGUGAAAAAUGCGCAAGAAACAGCUAUGUGAAUUAUUCUCGGGACCCCUUUACCUGUUUUCCAUGCAGAGAUAUGGAAUGGUCUGUUGAGGGCAGCACAGCAUGUAAUAUGCGCUCUGUUGUCUAUCUUGACUACACAGAAAUCUCCUCCAUCAUGUUCAUAUUUACUGCAAUAUGUCUGAUUAUUCUCUUAAUUGCCAUCCUCUGUCUUUUCAUCAACAAUCAUAAUACACCAAUGGUGAAGUCUGCUGGUGGUAGCAUGUGUUUGCUAAUGUUGGCAUUUUUGACUGUGUCUAACUUAAGUAUGUUCUUUUUCUUUGGAAAACCAACAUAUACAAAGUGUGUCUUGCGAAAUGUCAUAUUUUUCUUUUGCUUCACUGUCUGUCUCUCCUGUCUCACCGUUCGUUCUUUUCAAAUUGUUUGUGUCUUCAAAAUGGCUUCCAAGUUCCCUUAUUUGCACAGCUUGUGGGUGAAGCACAAUGGCCAGUGGCUCUUCAUUUUGUUUUCUUCUGUUAUUGUUUUAAUUGUUUGUUUGUUAUGGGUGACUGUUGCAACUUCCAAACCCGUCAUGGACACAUUUUCCUUUGAAGACCAAAUUCUGCUCAGAUGUGAUGGGGGUACCACUGUAACCAUUAGCACAGUUGUGUUUGUAUGUUGGUUGUUUGGUCUCCUGUGUCUCAUAUUUUCCUACAUGGGAAGAGAUCUGCCAUCAAAUUAUAAUGAGACAAAAUCAAUAACCUUUAGUAUUGUUUUGUACUAUGUAAGCUAUAUUGCAUUCUUUACAGCAUUUAUCACUCUCAAAAGCAAAUACCUCAUACUUCUUAAUGCAAUGUCCCAGCUAGCUAGUAUUAAUGCUAUUGUCUUCAGCUAUUUCAUACCAAAAGCUUAUAUCAUAUUAUUUCAACCAGAAAAGAACACCGCUGCUUACUUUCAAACAUCAAUUCAGAGUUACACCCAAACAAUUAGUAGGAAUUAGUCCACAACAAGGGUGUUGCACAGAUGCAGAUAAAAAGCACUACAAGUGAAUUGCAAUUGCCUUUAGUAGCAAGAUAAUUUUGUUAUUUAAAUAAAUUUUGAUAUUUGAAAGAUAAACAAAUUGUUGGACAUUUUAGCAAGCAAUUUCUGUCUUCUACAUUGUCAUGUAAAAUAAUUUCAGGCAUUAACAUUAGUUUCAGUCCGUGUAACAUGGACAGAUCCAAGUUGGUCCAAGGAGAGUUUGGUCUCAAAUAAUUUUUUUUAGCGGUUUUCGAUUCACUAUUAUGAUUUGAAGAUUCUGGAGUUAGUUAUGAGAAUAAAAUAGCUAAUUGUUUUGUUUAUAAAGUUACUUAAUGAACAUGAAAAUGCUUCUUAGCUUGUUGCAUUAUUUUUCUGAAGAAAAAUCUAAAAACUUUCAUAACUGUUUCCAAGUAAUCUAUGCAGAUUUGUCAGUUUUGCAUACCUGUCAACAACUGGGUUGUAGUUUGCCAGGUUGAGGUCACACAUGGGUUGAAAUGUUUUGAAAUUUGUAUGAUGUGUCUGUCGAUUGUGUGAGCAGGAUGCGUUUCAUACAAGAUCUGGCAACUGGACAACCUUUGGAAUAAUAUAUUGAUGUG